CGUUGCGCGGCCCCGGCCGGAAGUCGGCGAGUUCCCGGGUGUGUGUCUGUGUCUGUCUGUGUCUCGAAGCGGCGCGCGGCCCGGGACAAACGCUGGGGAGUCCUAUCUGAGGCGUCACCACUGUCACUACCAUCACCCACGGAGCCACUACUAGAGGGGAGUAGACCCGGCCCUUCGCCGGGCAGAGAAGAUGUUACCCCUGUCCAUCAAGGACGAUGAAUACAAACCACCCAAGUUCAAUCUCUUCGGCAAGAUUUCGGGCUGGUUUAGGUCUAUCCUGUCGGACAAGACGUCUCGGAACCUGUUUUUCUUCCUGUGCCUGAACCUUUCUUUCGCUUUUGUUGAACUACUCUACGGCAUCUGGAGCAACUGCUUAGGCUUGAUUUCCGACUCUUUUCACAUGUUUUUCGAUAGCACUGCCAUUUUGGCUGGAUUGGCAGCAUCUGUUAUUUCAAAAUGGAGAGAUAAUGAUGCUUUCUCUUAUGGGUAUGUUAGAGCGGAAGUUCUGGCUGGCUUUGUCAAUGGCCUGUUUUUGAUCUUCACUGCUUUUUUUAUUUUCUCAGAAGGAGUUGAGAGAGCGUUAGCCCCUCCAGAUGUACACCAUGAGAGACUGCUUCUUGUUUCAAUUCUUGGAUUUGUGGUAAACCUAAUAGGAAUAUUUGUUUUCAAGCAUGGAGGUCAUGGACAUUCUCAUGGCUCUGGUCAUGGACACAGUCAUUCCCUUUUUAAUGGUGUUCUGGAUCAGGCACAUGGCCAUGGAGAUCAUUGCCAUAGUCAUGAAUUGAAACAUGGUGCUGCACAUAGUCAUGAUCAUGCUCAUGGACAUGGACACUUUCAUUCUCAUGAUGGUCCCUCCUUAAAAGAAACAACAGGACCCAGCAGACAGAUUUUACAAGGUGUAUUUUUACACAUCCUGGCAGAUACACUUGGGAGUAUUGGUGUAAUUGCUUCUGCCAUCAUGAUGCAAAAUUUUGGUCUGAUGAUAGCAGAUCCUAUCUGUUCAAUCCUGAUAGCCAUGCUUAUUGUUGUAAGUGUUAUUCCUCUUUUAAGAGAAUCUGUUGGCAUAUUAAUGCAGCGGACCCCUCCGGUGUUGGAAAAUACUCUGCCUCAGUGCUAUCAGAGGGUGCAGCAGUUACAAGGAGUUUACAGUUUACAAGAACAGCACUUCUGGACCUUAUGUUCUGAUGUUUAUGUUGGGACCUUGAAAUUAGUAGUAGCACCUGAUGCUGAUGCCAGGUGGAUUUUAAGCCAAACACAUAAUAUUUUUACUCAGGCUGGAGUGAGACAGCUUUAUGUACAGAUUGACUUUGCGGCCAUGUAAUGAAUGAAAAGAAAUUAUCCUUUUUGGGGGACCUAAUAUUUCCGGUACCGUACAAUCCAAAACAUUGUACCUAGCUUCUUACGAAAGAAAUCAUCACUACAUAUCCCCAACACCCAGGAGACGAGGUAGUGUCAGCCUUUCGUGCUCUGUCGGGACUUCACAGCUGAUGGAUCCGAAGUAAGGGUCUCUCCUGAACUUUUGGUCUUAUCUUUUGUUCUCUUCCCUCCAAACCAUUUUGAUUUCUGAGGUUUCUAGUUUUGUUCCAGGGAUGUUAGUUUUUGUUUCCUUUUUUUUUUUUUUUUUUUCCAUUUCAAAAAAGCCUUUGCUCCUCAUUCUCCUCCUAGCAAGUAAGAAUUCAGACUGUGGGGCUCCAGGCAUCUGGAAUGUCUUCACUGAAGCUGAUGGAAGCUGCUGCUUCCUUUCCACAAAACUAGUAUUAUUAAAACAAAACAAAACAAAAAAUCAUUUUAUAUGUAAUGUCACAAUUGUUGACGUUCUUCAGUAUAAUCAUAUGUUUGUAAAAUUGUUUGUACCUUGCAAACUUAUGAACCAAACCAUAUUGGGUUUUCAAAGUGCCUUUGUAUCAGAAAAUGUAUUUGCCAGCAUAAAAAUGUACCAUCAAAGGUCAUGCAGAUGUUUAAUGGGUGAUUCCAUAAUCUGUACAAGGUGUAAGACUCUUGUUAGUGAUACAGAUGGUCUUUUCAUGUACUUUCAGCAUAGGUUUAAAUAAAUGAAGUUUCCUCUUGCUGCUUUACCUCAUCAAAAAACAGAAGGUGUUAUUGUUCUUUUUAAAUCAAAUUCAGUUACACAUUGCAUUAUUCUGUGGACUGUUUUCAGAACUUUGGAAAGCAUCUGUUAUAUAGACGGUUGUUUUGACUAACUAAAACAACUGCUAAAUUCUAAAUUUCUCUAAAAGGUAUGUCUAUGAUAACCUUUGCUAUACGUCUCCUCGCUGUCGAUGGAUUUUAUUAAUGAAAGGAAAGGCAGUGUAGAGUGAAGGCAGAAAUGGUGGUGACAAUGUUACUAUUUUUUUCAUUCUUCAAAUGCCAAGUCAUACAAUUUGUUUUCCUGUGCAAGCCUUGCACAAAUACAGCUGCUUUCAGAAAUCCUAAAAACAUUUUAUUGAGUUUAAACUAUUGAAGAUACAGGUCAGUUGUGAUAAAACAGGUGUCUUAUAAGUUAAUAAGUUGAUUUCUAGGUUCUUGUGUAUUUGAAAAAUAAAAAUGUGAUUUGAGAUGACAAGUGCUUGAACACUCAAAGAUUCUAUGGAUUAUGAAAAAAUAUUGAUCUGGAUAGACAUUUACCCAUUGUUCUUCAUUUUGUCAUUAUGUAUAUUCCCUUUUAACUUUAAAAAACUGAAUUCUUGGGGGGCGGGGAACCCUGCAGGAUGGAAACAUUUGUUUAGAAUGUAGACCAAUAAUAAGCACUUUUUCACUAAUGGGGCAGAAAUCGCUGUUAUUUUGUCUAAGUUACAGAGUUAUCUUUCUCCCUAUUUCUGAUCUACAAUUUAUGAACUAUACUAUAUAGGAAAACUGAACUACUUUAUGCUUCUCAAACUCCGCAGAUUGCUACGAGUUGUUGACAGUCUCCUUUUUCCAGAUUAAUUAAACAGUAUUUUCAAAACAUUUCUACUUACUGCCAGGCAGCUCUAAAGCUAAGAAUUCCUGCAGUAGAGUGCGUGUGACAAAAACAACUGUUGAGAUGUUUAAGGAGGGAAAGUAUAAAAGGAAACAUCCCGAUGACGUACUGCUUUUUCAUUGUAAGUCUAAGUAGUCAUUUGGAAGUUUGCAUCCACUACCAAGCCUGAUAGAAGCCUGGGAUAAUCUGGGGGUUUUGGCAUAUUAUGGAAAAUGUCAGUCUAGAUGAAGGCGGGAGUUUUGGAUGUGUGCCUUUAAAAACUAAUAUACGUAAUUGUACGGAUUCUUCAUAUAUGGAGAUAAUAGUGGCACUGGCCUGUAAAACUGACCAGUGCAUUUUGCAGAUCCAGUUCUGCCUUUCACAAAGCCCUCCACUGCCAAGUGGAGUUUUGCAUCAUUUUCUGUACUCUCGAUACACAAGAGCAUGUGUAUGUCGGUUUUUCUUUGAUAAGGCAUUGAGCAUACACAUUAUUAGACUGAUACAGAACUCUGAUUUUGCACCUGUUAGAAGAGGUUGCCAGCUCGUAUCAUUUAGCAGGUUGGUGUCAACAUUUAUGCUUUAAUUAAAUGUCCUUAAACCUGCGUGUGCAGCAGGGACAAAUUAGUGUGACAAAAAGCAACUUUGUUUUCACAAAUACUCUUUUCUAACAGAUACUGUCUCAUCUGUGUUUUUGGUACAGAUGUACUGCUAAAACAGAUAAUCCCACUAAAAAACAUUACUUGACUGUUAUUAAAGAUUUGCGAUGUCUCUAUUACUAGGCUAAAUAACCCUUGGGGCCUGAGGGAAGGGGGACGAAUCUCUGAGUAUUACUUUGCCAAUAUUGUAAAAAAACCAAAAUAUUCUCUGGAGAAUAAAUUUGUUUUGCUCUGGGGAAGUUUACCUUGCUGAGUAACUUGCUAAGUUUACUUCCCCAAACUGAAAUACACCUAUAUUAGUUUUGUGUUUUGAAAUCUAGAUUACAUUACUCAAAGGGCUUACCGUAUGUAUGACUUUAUUUUGCUGACUCCCUGUGUACUUUUGUGAGGGAUGGUGUGUAAUGAAUCUAUAGCUCUGUAUUCUUCUCAUUGUUGCCACGCUGUCUUCUGCAGAGGCAUAAGGAAGUAGUAGUUAGUGGCACUGGGAUUUCCCUUGUAUCCAGAUGCUUCGGCAUUCUUCAAAGCCUACAUGUAUAUACCAGCAACCAAAAUACUGUGACUUGUGCACCUUUGUAAAGUAGCCCAGUCGAUGACUCCAAAUGGAGCUGAUGACAGUUCUAUGAUGUUUUUACCUACUAUGGGGUAAUCAAUUUUAUAGAGAUUACUAAUACAGUGGCAUGCUCAUAUAAUGCUGGGAUUUAAGAACAAAAAUAUUCAUGGAGUAACAGAAUUUUACAUCUUAAGGGACUGUCCUUAAAAGCAGUCUCGUUCUACCUCUCAUUUUACAGAUGAGAAAAUUGAAGCCCAGAAAUGCUGUCACUUACUCAAGGUCACAGAGAUAAUUAGUGGCAAAGCCAAGACUAGAACCCAGGUCUUCUGACUCCAAGUCAAGUUCUUUCUACUCCAUUGUGCUGCCUCUCCAGUGUAAUAUUUGCCUUUCUGUAAAUGUGAUGAAAAAGCAUUUGUAAAUAAAGGAAAGCUGACUUCCAUUUUUGGUACAUUAAGGCACUUUAUAAACGGAGUUUUAUUGUCUUGUUUUGCAUAAGUAAUUAUAAGAUUUAGAUUAUUUCCAUACUUUCAUUGAGGUUUAGAAUAUUCUUUGUGGAAGACAUGAUUUUUGUACUCUCUUUUACUUUUUUACUCUUAUGAAACCACUUCCUGAUUUUUAAAAUUCAAUGACAUCUGUGCUUUGGAUACUUUUAACUUGUUGAGUGAAUUUUUCUGUUAAUUGCUCAAGGCUAAAUCCAAUUUAAGCAUUGCUUAGUUUCUUUAUUUUGUUUAUAUUCCCUGAGUUGGUACUUUUUAGAAACUAGGCUAAUUCUUACAGGUUAUAUAUCAUUUCAGUCUUGACUCUUAUAGUUUUGUUAUGGGAGCUUUUGAAUUUUUAACAUUUGUUCUCAGAGCCACAAAAAAUUGGGCAUUAAGUGAAGCACAGAACAAAACAAGUUUUUUAAUUCAGUAGGGUGAAAUGUUGAAGUCUUACCAGAACCCCAGACGUUCAGUUGCUUACUUUAAACAUAAAAGCAUUACCUUGAUAAAGUUAAACUUUCUUCUUUCUGUUACCAUCUUCAAAACUAAUUAUUUUCCGGUUCUCAAGAACUUUGGCAAAAAGAAAUUUUAUUCUUUGAAGAACACUCACUAAAAGUUUUAUUAAUGGAAGAAAAUGGUUUCAAGACAUGACCCACCAGAAGCCUUAGCGAUCUAGAUCUCUACCAUACAAUCUAGACAAAUAGAAUGAAAAAUUACAUAUCAAAGUAUUUAUAGAGAAGUAAAGUUAAAAGCCAAAUGGAUGUCAGUGUUUUUGAGGAGAGCAUCUUUGGUUUAUGUUUAACCACUCCCUAACUACAAACUAUACAGAAAAGUUGAGGGUCAGCCUAUAUUAGUAUUUGUGUGUCAGGUUCUUUGUGUGGUCUCUUCCAUGUUAUCACAUUUGAAAUCCUCACAUUUUAAUAAAGAAUUUUGCGUGCUUUUAUGAUUGACAGAGCAUUUUCAGAUUCUGCGCCCCACCCCCCUCCAGUCCCAGGGAAGGAAUUCUUAACUGCAUUUUAUUUUGCAGAUGAGGAAGCUGUUCUUAGAGAAUUUAAAUGACUUGCCUGAGGGAUAGCCAGUGGUAACGCACUGACUUUAAACAGGGUGCUUUUUCUGAUGACUACUCUCUUUUAAGUACUUCAUUCUACAGUGGUUUAAAGACCCAAGAAGUAGUAGCUGACUUGAACAGAUCCUCCAGUAAAAUCAGUGAAAAAUUACCAUGACAAAACAGAUUGGGGGUGGGGAGCAAUUGUUCAUUAAGCAAUACACAUUGCUUAAAUUCAUCCCUUCAUUCAGUGCUCUCAGGCUUAUUUCCUACCUUUGCCACUGAAUUUAACCUGUGCAGCAGCUCCCACUCCCUCCUCACCCUGUGGGACCCUUUACUAAAAAGAAUAAUCAGAACUCCUUUAAGUACUUUUAAAAUCCUUUCCAAAAAAAAAAAAAGUUUUACUGAUGCUCAGAUUAAGCUGCUUAAAAAAGGAAGGGAUUCAGAGGGAGCGCAUGAGUAAGGGGAACCUGAACUCACCUUGGCUAAGAGGGAGGUUAACUUCAUUGAUGAGGUAACUCUCUUCCAAGAAGUACAAAUCCUUUGUGCUGGUGGAGGGGGGGAUCUGAGGAUUUGAUUUACAACAUUACAUUGUAUAGACACCUUUUUAAGGAAGAAAUCUGUUUCUUAAUUAGUAGCAAUCUAUGCUUAAUAAUAUUGAACUUUUGAACUCUCCCUGUGGCUUUGAAAAUUUAGUAUUUGCAAUUCUGUUGAUACUGGAAAGUUUGUAACAAAAGAAAAGAAAAAGAAAA